CGCACCUGCAGUCAUUGGUUUUGUUUCCAUUCAAUUUACGUUCCGCAUGUUCGAUUGAAAUGAAUGUGUAAAUUGUAAAUUUAUUAAACAAUCGAUAAUUAAGUAAAAAUACGGUUGAACGCGAUGAGCCUUCUUCCCAAAACAGCCACCGAGUUUGGUACUACCGAAUAUUGGAACAAAUUCUUCAAAAAGCGAGGGCAAAAGGCUUUCGAAUGGUACGGCGAAUAUCCAGAACUGUGCGGUCAACUGCAUAAGUAUGUUAAAGCCAAGGACGAAAUCCUCACUGUUGGUUGCGGAAAUUCCAAGUUGAGCCUGGAUUUGUACGAUGUUGGCUUCAAGAAAAUAACCAACAUCGACAUCUCGCAAGUCGUUAUCAAACAGAUGCAGGAAGCCAACCGAGCGGAACGACCGGAAAUGCUGUGGUAUCACAUGGAUGCUACAGCAAUGAAAUUUAGCAAUGAAAAAUAUUCCGUUGUGCUAGACAAAGGAACACUGGAUGCAUUGUUCACUGAUGAAUCGGAAUCAACGGUCGCCACUGUCCGGAAAUAUUUUUCCGAGAUCGCUCGAGUACUUCGCGUCGGCGGCCGGUACUUGUGUGUUUCGCUCCUACAGGAGCACAUACUUAGGGAAUUGUUGGCCUUUUUCCCGGAGCAUGAGUUUGUGUUUCGUGCGAUCCGUUGCCUAGAGGCCGAACAGAAAACAGCAGCCGAUAACAAUGAUGGUUCGACUAUGCCAGUGUUUCUGGUGGUGGCAACCAAAUUUAAAAAAUUACCAAUGAAAGUGUACGAAGUGUGCAUGGCAGAUGAUCAAAUCCAGCGGGUGCAGAAGCCGGAUGAAAUUGUACUUUCGAUCGCAGGUGCCCAAAAAGCUGCCAUGGUUUGUAGUGGCUUAGUACGAGGAAGCAUAGCUGGUUUGAACGAAGUUUCGCUAGAUCUACAUAAACCGGGUGAGGAUAUUCCACGAUACACAAUUCACGUGCUAGAUCAAGCACCGACUCGGGGAAAUGGAAAAUACGCCGCUUUUAUCGUACCUCAGGGACGAGAGACUGAAUGGUUAUUUUCGACGCCGAAAGGUAGGCAAAAACUGCUGGCAUCCGCUAGUCACAAUCGUUUGGCCAUCGUUUCGAUGCAUCGGGGACAGACUUACAGCAGCUGGGACGCUGUGAAGGACGAACUGGCUGAGAGUGUCAGAUCGUUGGCUCCUCAUGGGCUGCAGGAACAGAUUCCUUACCUAUCACUUGGGUCGGAGGUUGGCCGGCGGGAAACCAUUCACAGCGGUCACAGCGCCAUGUCCGGAGAUUAUAUUGUUGAGGAAAUCUUAGGAAAAGACGAAAAGAUUUUCCGCAGAUUAAUUUUUCUAAGUAAUCAGUUUGUGAUACAAUCCGAGGCCGCCAUUAAGGUGAUGAAAAACAAGGGUAAAUCAAAGAAAAUUGUUGAUCCCGGUUACCUGGCUUGUCAGCAUCACUUGUAUAUGUCGAUUGGAGUUCAUUUGGCAUCUAAGUUAGGUUCCGAUACAGGGAAAAACUCACCAGACAGUGUAAUGAUUGUUGGCCUUGGUGGUGGCGGUCUGUGUACGUUUAUUCGACAAUGCUUGAGGGACACCACUUUAGUGGCAGUGGAAAUCGAUCCGGAAAUGCUUUCGGUAGCCACAAACUACUUCGGCCUGACGCUGGACGAUCGGUUGAAAGUGGAACUCAAGGACGGACUCGAUUAUUUAGUGGAAUGCGUUCAAGCUGGGUCACAUUUCAAAGCGAUUCUGUUUGACGUCGACAGCAAAGAUCCUACCCAGGGGAUGAGUUGUCCACCAAAAGCAUUCGUGGAGCGGCACGUUCUAGAAAACAGCAAAAAACUGCUGACCGACGAUGGUGUAUUUAUUUUGAACCUGGUCUGCCGAGAUGAUUCCCAGCGGGAGAAGGUAGUCGACGAACUGAAACAGGUUUUUAAAUAUGUUCUAUCAUACAAACUAGAGGAGGACGUAAAUGAAAUAUUUUACUGCACGGACAAUGCUGCACUGGAUUGUGGGGCAAAGUGGCAGGAAGCGAUGAAAAGAUCCGCCGAGGAGUUGAACGUUCUGGCGAAGAAAUUCAAGCUCAGUCGGGAUGAUUUAGUUGAUCUGGAAGAAUUUGUGCAAGGAUUGAAGCUUUGAUAAAUGACGCAGAUGGAAAAAAAGUUCUUUUUUCGUUCCCAGAAA